AUGGGUCGCUUGAUUGGGUUGGAGCUCCAUAACUUCAAAUCGUACCGUGGGACGGUGAGCGUUGGGUUUGGUUCGGCGAACUUCACGUCGAUCAUUGGUCCAAACGGGUCUGGUAAAUCAAACAUGAUGGAUGCCAUAUCCUUUGUGCUGGGUGUGAGAGCAAGCCACUUGAGAUCUAACCAACUGAAGGACUUGAUCUAUAGAGGUCGGAUCGUUGAUGCGGAUGAUGCGGAUGGGUCUGAUAACGACGAUAACAGCAGUGGUGAUGGUGCUACUGGUAGAACUGCGUAUGUUAUGGCGGUGUAUGAGAAAUCCAAUGGAGACGUUUUGGAGUUGAAGAGAUCAAUCAGCUCUAACGGUGCUAGUGACUACAGGGUGAACAACAAAUCGAUCUCUGCUGCUGAGUAUUCGAAUCUGCUCAAGAAGGAGAAUAUCUUGACCAAGGCGAGAAACUUCUUGGUGUUCCAGGGUGACGUUGAGCAGAUCGCUUCGCAGUCGCCAUCAGACUUGAGUAAGCUGUUGGAGGUUGUUAGCGGCUCCAUUGACUUCAAAAGGGAAUACGAAGAGCUGAAAGAAGAGCACGACCAGGCUAAACAACAAACGGCGUUGUUAUUGUCGAAAAGAAGAACGUUGUUGAGUGAGCUCAAACAGUACCAAGAACAGACUGAUGAGGCCGAGUUGUAUAAAGAGAAACUCUUGGAGAAAAAUAAGCUGAUUCUCAACUCCACGCUGUCAAGAUUGUACCACAUGGAUCAGGAAAAGGAGAAGGUGGAAGGGUCCAUCAAAAGCUCUAAGAAAAAACUUCAGUCUUUGAAACAAGAUGUUACAAAGCAGGAGACCCAGCUAAAAUCAAUCCAAUCCCAAUACGUCAAGGGAUCGCUAAAGCUAAAUAAGGUCCAAAAAUUGAUUGUUGAUAAGAAGAACGAGGUCAACGUUACCAAGAGAAGCUUGCUUCCAAUGACCACGGAUAUUGAACAUUCUAAUAAGAAGCUCAAUCAACUGAAGAAAAAUAAACAACAACUCAAGUUGGAUAUUGAAUCCCAAGAGUUGAAAGUUCAAGCUUUGGAAAGAAAUAUCAAGACUGUUAAGUCUGUCCAAAAGUCUGCAACGAAAGAGUUGAUCAAGGACGCUGCAUCCAUCAGCGUUGAAGAUCAGGAGGAAUACCAACUAUUGAAACAGAAGUUCUUGAGUCAAAUGGGUGGUGCUUCAGAAGAUGAAAAGUUGUCCCUCUUGGUCAAUGAGAAGAGAGAAAUCGAAGCAAUUGUUGCAAAUUUGGAGAAGCAGAAAUCUGUUUCAUCUGAAAAGAUUGAAGAGUUGACAUUAAAGCAGAACGAUUACAAGACACAGUUGACUAACGUCUCUCGUGACUUGAACGAAUUAAAUGAAAAAGUUGCAAAGCAAAAGGCGUUUAUUAAAGAGAUUAACCUCAAAUCUGAGGAUUUUUUCAAUAACGAAUACAAAUUGCAAACUAAGUUACGUGAAACUCUUGUCUCACUUGACGAACUUAACGCUAAUCAGAGAGAAACCAAUCGUGAACGUCAGCUACGUCAAAACGUUGCAACUUUGAAACGUCUCUUCCCAGGUGUUAGGGGUUUGUUGGUAGAUCUUGUACAACCAACAAAUAGACAGUAUUCUGUGGCGCUCAAUACUAUAUUGGGUAAACAUCUUGAUGCCAUCAUUGUGGAAAGUUCCUCUGUCGCACACCAGUGUAUCAACUACUUAAAAGAACAGCGUUCAGGUGUUGCUUCCUUCAUACCUUUGGAUAUCAUUGAAUGCAAGCAGGUUGAUCCAAGACUACGUCAUCUGGACCAAGGCGCUCGUCCUACAAUCGACAUUGUGGAAUACGAACCAUACUUGGAACGUGCGGUAUUGUUUGCCUGUGCUGAUUCAAUGGUUUGCGAUGAUAUUGAAAUUGCCAAAUCCAUCAGAUGGACCAAGGGUGUUGACGUUAAGGUGGUUUGUUUGAAUGGUACUUUGAUCUCUAAGUCCAACGCAAUGACUGCAGGUUAUUCUAGGAAUCAGGAUAGACGUUGGAAUAAAGGUGAAGUACAAAAACUGAAUGAAUUGAAAGACAGAUUGGCGCAUGAAUUAGAAAUCUUGAACCAGUCUAGACCUGAUCCUAUCUUCACUAAGAACCAAGAAACUGAAUUGGAAACUUUACAAUACGAAGUUGGCCAAGUGAGAAGAAAACGUGUGGAGUUGGAGAGAUCUCUAAACGAUGUCAAUGCUGAAAUCAAUUACUACGAUAACAACGACGAGUCGCAAAAGAAAAAAGAGCUAUUAAAAUCUUUGGACCAGUUGGACAAGUCUAUCAAGGCACAAGAGAAGAAAUUGGAGACGCUUCAGGAAGGUAUCUUCUCUGACUUCUGUACCAGAUUGGGCUUCAAGAAUAUCAAGGAAUAUGAAGAAUCCACCGGUACUAAACUUCGUGAGCAUAAUCGUGAACUGCGUCAAUAUGAGACGGAGCUGUUAAAAUUGCAAAGUAAACUGGACUUUGAGAAGGAGAGAUUGCUAGAAACUCAGACGAGAUUGGCCAGGGUUAGUAAAGAGGCUGACAAGUUUGAAGCUACUUUGAAGGAUUUGCUAAAGCAGAAAGAGGUGGUUGAAGACUCUAUUGACCAAAUGGAGAGUGAAUUGGAGGUUUCCAAGGAUGAGCUGGAGCAGUUUGAAAAGGCCAAUGAAUCCAAGUUGUUGGAAAUCAGAAAUGUUGAGGAUACAUUGAAUGAACUCUUGACGGAUCAGGAAUCUCUUAAGAAAGAGAUAGAAAUCAAUCAAGAGAAGAUAGAGGAACUUGAAAGUGAGAGGCUGACCAUACUCACCAAUUGUAACAUAGACAACAUUAAACUACCUGGUAUUGAGUUCCCAAUUGAUACAACUGGAAAAGUUGUAAUUGACUAUACAGAUCUCGGUGGCAAGCUAAAGGGGGAUGUAAACUUUGAUGAAAUGACAAAGGAAAUUGAGGAAUUGGCUAAGCAGUUGGAAGAACUCUCGCCUAAUGUGAAAGCAUCUGACAGAUUGAGCGAAGUUGAAGAAAAGAUGAGUAAAUUAGCUGAAGAAUGGAAUUUGCAGCGUGCUAAUGAGACAAAUAUUCUCAAGAAAUUCCUAUCUGUGAAGAAUAAGCGUUAUAAGUUGUUUAUGGACUCAUUCCAACAUAUUUCAUCAAAGAUUGAUCCAAUUUACAAAGAGCUCACUAAGGCUAACCUUUCAACACAACUUGGUGGUGGGUCUGCAUACUUAACUCUGGAAGAAGAGGACGAGCCAUACCUUGCAGGAAUACGGUACCACGCCAUGCCACCUAUGAAACGCUUCAAAGAUAUGGAGUUCUUAUCUGGAGGUGAAAAGACCAUCGCAGCACUUGCAUUGUUAUUUGCCAUCCAUUCUUUCCAUCCGUCUCCAUUUUUUGUCCUUGAUGAAGUCGAUGCAGCCUUGGACAAUUCAAACGUCAACAAAAUUGCCAACUACAUCACCACGCACGCUUCUGCUGAUUUCCAAUUCAUCGUGAUCAGCUUGAAGAACACCUUGUUCGAGCGUUCUGAUGCGCUUGUUGGUAUCUACAGAGAUCAGGAUGAGAACAGUUCAAGAACGUUAACUCUAGACCUGAGAGUAUACCCUAAAGUUGCUUGA